AUGGAGACUACUAAAUCUGCAUCGUUGCCUGAUCACUGUGGACCUAGCUUGCUUUUGGCUUUGCCUGAUGAUGUAUUUACCGUGAUCACGACUUCCCUCUCCCCGAGGGAUGUAUGCAUUCUCGGACUUACCUGCCGAGGUCUUCAUUCCAUUGUGGCCUCUGACAAAGUAUGGCUUGCCCAAUGUGUUAAAUUAGGGCUACUCCCCUGCAAUACCUUACUUGAAUGGAGAAAGGGUGUUUGCUCUUACAAGGCCAUUUGCCGCUUCUUUUUGAGCAUUCAUCCAUUGAUCGGGAUUUGGGUUCACCAAAAUCCUGAGCUCGGCAAUGUAGUCUACGUUAUGCCUGGUUUUCUAUCUCUUGCCGGGUGCCGAAUAAUCCCGCAAGAGGUGGGCCCUCUGGGCCUCGAUGAAGGUCCUAUUCUGUGGGCACCUGUGUUUGAAAUCCUCUGUGAUCAUGAGGGGUCCACGUCCUUCUUUCUCCAUGGGAGGGAAAGAGGGACCGAUUAUGUCUAUCCUGGUACGCUGAAACCUGUGGGUAGAUUGUGCAAUGUGCUUUUGCUCGAGGUCGAGCCCAGGCAUCAGAGGCAUGGAGGAAAACUUUCCUAUGGUAAGAGCCUCGAGCAGGAAUUGGAUAAGGAGAUGCCACGGGGAAUAUCAAGAUCGGACAGUGAUGUUGGGGUUUCUAAGUUGCACAGAGAUAUUGGACAGAAAAGGAGUGGGAUGUCUUUUAGCCGUUUGUGUUUUGCUGAUAGGAGAAGGCUCCUGGAUGUUGUGACCAGUCAAGUCAGACAAGUUGGGCCUGAGGCAGCAAACUCACUUAUGUUUCCUCGAGUUAGAGAUGGUGAGUUUGAUUUGGAAAGGGAUUUAGCGGCAUUACAUGAAAGGAGAUUGUUGCUUUUGCAGAUGUAUCGUCGUGGUAGUGGGGAUAAUCAAGAUUUGAAGCCUGGCACGGAAUCCCCUUUAGGUCCUGGAGCUUUAGGAUUAAGUGAAAUUUGUAAGAGUCUUGAUUGUAGUGAUGAAUCUCAUGAUCAGGACAAUUACACCAAGGGAAAAACACUAACUGGGUUUCUAAAGAAUGGUCUGAAGCAAAUACUGUUGGGGAAAUCGAGAUCCACCCACGUAAACCGCAAAAUUCAAAGAAGGAAUGCUUCUGGUGGUGAGAGUAAACAUGCACAACUGCAUGAGUUUUUAAAAUCAGGUGAUACUAUAGGGCUGAGCUUGCGUGCUACAACUAUGAAGUUAUCUUCCUACAGAUCAUGGCCGAAUAUGCAUGACAGCCGAUUUGCCCUUUAUAAGUUGCCCUUAUGGGCUCCAAAGCCAGGCCACGAGUACGCGGGACUAUGGGGAGGUACUUUUGGCUGGCCUCCUGGCAAGCUAUCUGAGGACAAGCCUGGAAAGGCUCUUUUCUUUAUCUUGAUCUCUUAUGAAGAAUCUGAAGAGCAGCAACUUCUAAUUGCCACUAAGAUCUUAGAAGGCACAUCCUAUGUAUUGCAUCCUAAUGGAUCUGCCAUGUUCAUAGUAAAUAUGGCUCAACCAUCGAUGGAUAGAUUCCCCUGGGGAACUGAUGAAGGCUUCGAUUGUACAGACGUUAAGCAGUCUUUUAUGGGGGAAGGUAUAGCAAACGGGUAUGGGUUUAGGUAUCCUGGUUCAAAACCUGGGACACUCUUUGUCAUGGAGAAUGGAUUGCUCGUUUUCAUCUGGAAGGAGUCUAGGGCUGUGUUGACCUUGCAGAGGCUUGACUUGGACUAUAAUUUAAGGAAUGGUGAAAGGGUGCCUUCUUUGUCCCCGGUUUCCAACUUUGCAUAUCUGACCAAGACAUACUCGAAUGUUUUUUCUGGAUUUUCAAAUUCCUCAAAUGCUCUGGCUUCAACAAGGUAUCCUUGUCCUGUUCAUUGA